AAACAAGCAGAAGCAUUGCAAUAAUAUUGCAAGUGUUUACUUUUUACAAAACUGUGCCUGAUCUGUUAUUUGAAUAGAAUUUCAUUUAUUGCGUGAUGUGGUGCCAAUGUAGAUUGUACAAUUUUUAAUAUAUUUUUCAAAUUUGAAGAUCAUUAAUCUAAUACAGGCCUAUGUUUAAUGCCUUAUUGAGAAUAAAAAUUGUCAAGAAAGACUAAUUUUAACAAGAUCAGUUCUACAAAUUUCCUUCUUCAGAAAAGCUGAUCAAUAAACUUACUUGGUUAAAACUAGAUUGGAAAUUAUUUUUAAAAAUGGACAUAGAAGAAAUUUUAAAUGAUGUUGUACCAUCGGAUCAGUUGAAGAAAGCUGAAGAAUCAUAUUAUAAAGCAUCGGAGACAGGACAAAUGACAAAGGAAAUUGAAUUCUAUUAUGCAAAUUGUUUAGUAAGAAGUAAAUAUCCAGCUGAUGUACGCAAAGGCCUCUCGAUUUUUGAAGCAAUGUGCAAGAAAUACAGAGAAGAGGAAAAGAGGGACUACAUUUACUUCUUAGCUCUUGGAAAUGCAAGGAUCAAGGAAUAUUCAAAGGCCUUACAUUUUGCUGAAGCUUUUCUCACAGUAGAACCAAAUAAUAAACAAGUUAUGGCAUUGGAAGAGGUUGUCAAGAAAAAGCUUAGACGUGAGGGCUUAGAAGGCGCAGCUGUGGCAGGAGCGGCUGGACUAGCAAUUGGUGGCAUUAUAGGAUUGGGUUAUGCUCUCCUUUCAAAGAAAAAAUCAUCAAAUGAUGACGAAUGCAAAAAGUGAAACUGAAAAAUGAUCCAGUUAUGUUUGCAAGUGUUUAUAUAAUAAUAAAUAAUAGUUUUAUAUAAUAAUAGUUUUUAUAUAAAGUUAGUUUUUAUAAUGCAGUGGUCUCAUACAUCUUACAAACCGUUGUAAGAGGUUUUAGUUAGUUUAAUGCAUAAUAAUUAUAUUCAUAUUCAAUGAACUUGAGAAUAACGUCUGUUAUCCACCACCGAUUCUAAUGCGCAGUAAGUUAUUUAUAGUAAUCUAGAACUAAUUUAUACAGAAAGUGGAGUAAGUUGAAAAGUUUUGAAUUACCCUUUCUUAAUUUCUCACUAAAAAAAGAUUAGCUUGAUAAACCACUGUUAUCGAUUUAUGGGUAUUUUAUUUUUAGCAAAAAUAUCGUCUUUUUAGAGACCCAUAAUCGAUUCUAGGAGUUGAGAACUAAAUCUAUACAAGAAUCUCAUUUAUUAGCUGUGAUCUGUUUUAUUUAGUACAUCAUUCUAAGAUUGCAUUGUAUUGUCUUCCAUUUCAAAUCAAUGGUUGCAGAUGCUUUGAGAUUUGAAUCGUCAUUAAUCAUAGCAGGUUAUUUAUAAUCUGUUCCUAUUGAUGAGACGUAUAGUUUUCAUUUUUAAUUUUGCUGUUAGUACUUACUGUGUACACGUAUAGCCCGUUACGCAAACUUAACGUU